AAAUUAAAUAAAUAUAAAAAAAAUAAAAUAACAAAUAAUUAUGAUUUUAAUAAUAAAAUAUAUUUUCAAAUCGAUAAUAAAUCAUUGGUUUUAAUUUGUAGCAUUAAGGAUGAUCAAAUAUUUGAAAGUUUUAUAGAAUAUUGGUAUGAUAAUCAUAAAGUAUAUUAUAAUGGCAGCAGUAGAAGCAAUAAUGAAAUCCAAACAGAAUUAAAGGGAAUGGGUAAUGGAUAUCAAGAACCUGGUUUUAUUGGUGAUAGUAGUGGUGGGAAAAAUGAAAAUGCAGUUUUUAAAAGGCCAUUUUAUGUAGAUCAACAAGAAGAGUUGUUUAAUUUCAAAUCGUCAAUACUUAAUAUUUUACAGGGUAUUUUUAAUUCAAAGAGUGCAUCAAGAUUGAAAUGCUUCAUAGAGAACCCAUGUUUUGGUAGAGAGGGUCUAGAUAUUUUGGAAACUAUAUUUUCAAGUUUGCAUUGGAGCUCAUAUUUCAUAUCAGCAAAUUGUUUAAGGUUUUUGAUUGGUGGCCGUUAUAUUGCUGGGUAUUCUAGUAAAUCACUUUUAACCUUAAUAGAAGAGCAGAUAAUAAACCAUCAAGAUGACCACGAGGACUAUGUCAUUUAUUAUAUAGAGGUUCUUUUGACCGAUGAGGAGUUACCUUCGCUGGAGCCAGAGAGAAUAUUAUCAAUACUGUUCGGUAGACGUUUCCCAUUGACAAUUAAUACCAUUAGAUACUUUCAAACUAGAACCAAUUCAUUGCAAUCUAUCAGCGAUACCCACACCCUAAAGAAACUAUUUACCCAGGUUACGCCAUACAGUCUUGAAACAAUUAAUUUUUUU